AUGGCGGGUAUCUUUCGAACGAUAUAUGACUGGCUCCUGAGGAUGUUCUGGGCGACGGAGAUGGAUGUCACGAUGAUCGGACUUCAAAAUGCUGGAAAGUCCUCACUGUUGCGCGUGCUUGCGGGAGGUGAAUUCACUGUAGACUCUAUCCCGACCAUCGGUUUCAACACAAAACGUGUUCAAAAGGGCCAUGUGACCUUGAAAUGCUGGGAUCUGGGGGGCCAGCCGCGAUUCCGACCCAUGUGGGAGCGAUACUGCCGCGGAGUCAACGCAAUCGUUUAUAUUGUGGAUGCGGCAGAUCGAGCUGCUCUGCCGGUCGCUACGGAGGAGCUGCACGAUUUAAUGGGAAAGCCCUCUUUCGAUGGUAUUCCAUUGCUGGUUCUCGGGAACAAGAGUGACCUUCCUGAGAAACUAUCGGUCGAUGAACUCAUCGACAUGAUGGAUCUUAAGUCCAUCACUCGGCGCGAAGUCAGUUGCUAUGGAAUCAGCGCCAAGGAGGAGACAAAUCUCGACGCUGUCUUACACUGGUUGAUAGCCAGGGCCAGCCGAUGA